AUGGCGUCUCAACACAGGAGAUCACGCGAGGCUCGCCCCGAGAUGUCCAUCGGUCGCUAUACGCGGCUUGAUGAGAUCGGGCGAGGCAGCUUCGCAACGGUUUAUCAAGGCAUGCAUACGAAAUCGAGAACUUUUGUAGCUAUCAAGUCCGUGAACUUGUCGAAGCUGAACAAGAAACUGAAGGAUAACCUUUCAUCCGAGAUUGACAUCCUCAAGGGCCUUCACCAUCCCCAUAUUGUGGCCCUGAUCGACUGUCACGAAUCCACCUCCCACAUCCAUCUGGUUAUGGAAUAUUGUGCCCUGGGGGAUUUGUCGCUGUUUAUCAAGCGUCGUGAUACCCUAGGCUCACAUAGAUACACCAAGGAGAUGAUCUCCAAGUAUCCCAAUCCCCCGGGUGGCUCGCUGAAUGAGGUGGUUACUAGGCACUUCCUCAAGCAGCUGUCAAGUGCGUUGAAAUUCCUCCGUGACCGAAACCUUAUCCAUCGAGAUAUCAAACCCCAAAAUUUGCUGCUGUGCCCAUCACCAUCAUCAUAUCGGACGGGGGCAGCCCAGGUGGUUCCUUUCAAAGGGAGCCAGGAUUCCUUUGAGCCCACAACCGGACUUGAGUCUCUCCCAAUGCUGAAAAUCGCAGACUUCGGCUUUGCCCGAUCUCUGCCGGCAACUUCACUGGCAGAGACUCUCUGUGGAUCUCCCUUGUAUAUGGCGCCUGAAAUUCUCCGAUAUGAAAAGUACGAUGCCAAGGCCGAUUUAUGGUCGGUAGGCACCGUUUUGUAUGAGAUGGUUGUGGGCAAACCCCCAUUCAGGGCCUCAAAUCAUGUCGAGCUGCUGCGCAAAAUCGAGAAAGGAGAGGACCGCAUUCGCUUCCCUGAAGAAAAUCCGGCUACGGAUGAAAUCAAGAAGCUGAUCAGGGGACUUUUGAAGCGGAACCCAGUGGAGCGACUCAACUUCCCUGAUUUCUUCAGCAACAACGUUAUCAACGAUCCCAUCCCUGGGCUGCUGGCCGAUGACGCCCCGGCAGCCCCCGAAUCACCGCGGCCCGCUCAGUUCGAAGGAAGGGCCGAGACAUCCCCCUAUGACAUCGAAUCCGACGAGAGAAUGCCAUAUCCCACCAGCCAUCGACCUGCCUCAUCACGUCGGAAAUCAGAGACCCCACCGACUGCUUCCCCUCUACGCCGGGUUGGCAGCACAGACCGGCCCGGCUUCGCCACCUCAAGGGAGCAGCAACGUGGAGCCACGCCGCCUCAACGGCCUGGUCCUGUGAGCCUUGCCACGGCACCGGGCCGCCAGGAGCUUACCGAACGUAAUGUAAGUACAGCGGCCAUGGAACGGCAAAGAAGUCGUAACACAUUAUCCGGCUCUCCCAGAACCACCGACUCGGCCGUUCGCUCCCGGGAGGAGCGGGACCGUGCUGCGCAGGAAGUAGCAUUCGAAAGGGACUAUGUCGUGGUGGAGAAGCGUGCCGUAGAGGUCAACGCUUUUGCGGACGAGCUCGCUCAUAGCCCGCGGCUUCAAGGCGGGCUCUCACGGCCAGGGCACGCGGGCCCUGGAGGUCGUCGUGCAACAACCCAGGGCAUUCCCACAGUCUCGCCCUCUUCUCCCCACACAAACUCAAGCAAGGCCAUCCAAGUCAUCCCGGGUCGUCAGCGAGCAGACUCCACCCACCAGCGUCAACAUUCUUACGAGCGACGCUAUGGACAAAGCCCUACAUCGGCAACGUCGGCUAUAUCUAAAGCUCUCAACAAGGCCAGCGGACGUCUUUUCGGAAUGGGCUUUUCUCCUCCACUCGCUAUCACUAAGGGCGGACGUUCUCCGCCCCUCGCCUAUAACCCCUUCCCCGCAUAUCCACCCACGCAUGCCAGUCUUUUAAUAACGGGAGAUGGUGCCAAGACAAACAUUGCUGUUGAUGAAGAUUGCAAGGCUGUCCAGGCCAUUGAGGAAUGUGCUACUCGCAGUGAUGUUGUCUUUGGCUUUGCCGAGGUCAAAUACAAGCAGCUUGUUCCGCUAGCCCCUUCUGCGCCGACUGACCCAUCAGCCAGACCCAUUGACCCUAGCAAUAAUCCGGAUUCUGCUGACUCUGACGAUGGACUGACGGUGGAUGCCAUUGUCACUCUAUCCGAGGAAGCAUUGGUACUGUACGUCAAAGCAUUGUCAUUACUUGCAAAAUCCAUGGACAUUGCUGGGGCAUGGUGGUCGCGCAAGAGUCGAGAAGAGGUCUAUGGUGAGUCGCCCGGCAAAGACAGCAUGAGCGCCGCUGCCGGCACCCGGAUCAACUAUGUCGUGCAAUGGGUGCGCAGUCGCUUCAACGAGGUUAUCGAGAAAGCCGAGUUUGUGCGCCUCAAGCUCAUCGAGGGCCAAAGGCGGCUGCCCUCCGACCAUCCAAGCCACCCUGACAACCACUCCAUCGGCCCUACGGCCGGCUCAAGCUCAUCUGCCGACGUGGUCGUCAGUCCUGGCGUCACAGCUGAACGACUGAUGUACGACCGUGCCCUGGAAAUGAGCCGUGCUGCUGCCAUCAACGAAUUGACCGGCGAAGAUCUCGCCAACUGUGAGAUCACAUACGUCACGGCAAUCCGAAUGCUCGAAGCCGUCCUCGAAGAUGACGGAACUCGGUCCACGCCGAGCGGGAGUGAGCGCCAGAGCGGCUCCCAGCCUGGCGACAAGAUUGUUCUGGACGAUCUCCAAGUCGAAGAUCGCCAGGUCGUCGUCAAACGUGAGUUCAAUCCCAAUUUACCCGACCCAGCCGAUGAAUAUUCACCCUACAAUACAGUCGUAUCCAGCAUGCGUGGCCGCUUGGCAUCCGUUCGCAAGAAGCUGGCUGUGUUGUCCAAGCGAUCUUCCGCGCCCACUCCGGUCGGCAGUGCGGGCAAGGUGCCUCCAUCUACUAUCUCACCCAUCUCAACUACAGGUAUCACACCACCAAGAUGA